AUGGUCACCAAGGUUUUAUCCAGUCAAUGGCCAAGGAAGCAGCGUAUGAAGAGGAAAUUCCGGGGAUCGCGGAUCCUUGGCUUCUUGUUGAGUGUCUUCGCCCUGUCUUUGCUCUUGUGCUGGAAUGCUCUUAGAGGAACUUCUGAGUCUCUGGUUGAUCCAUUGCACAGAACUUCACGAUCGACUCACCAGCAAGUGGAGGAGCAAGGCAAGGAAGUGGCUUCAGAGGCAAAUCAUGGUGACUACCCAGAAGAUCUUUUCUCCUUGGAGGAACGGCGUCAAGGUGCUGUGGUGCUGCAUAUGUUCGGCAUGCUGUAUAUGUUUAUCGCAUUGGCUAUUGUCUGCGAUGAGUUCUUUGUGCCUGCACUAACCGUCAUCACAGAGAAGCUGGAGAUCUCAGAUGAUGUUGCUGGUGCCACAUUCAUGGCUGCUGGAGGCUCUGCCCCUGAACUUUUCACAUCUGUCAUUGGAGUUUUCAUCUCUCAUAGCAAUGUGGGAAUAGGAACCAUUGUGGGCUCAGCCGUGUUUAAUAUUCUGUUUGUGAUAGGUAUGUGUGCCCUGUUCUCACGUGAGAUCCUUAACCUGACGUGGUGGCCACUUUUCCGUGAUGUCUCCUUUUACAUUCUGGACCUAAUCAUGCUCAUCUUCUUCUUUUUGGACAAUUAUAUCACCUAUGUGGAGAGCAUGUCUCUUCUGGCAGGGUAUUUUUCCUAUGUGCUUUUCAUGAAGUACAAUUCCACAGUGGAGGUGCUGAUCAAGAGUUUGUUCAGCAGGAACCAGGUGGCUGAGGUCGAGGCUCCACCAAAGGUCAGCAGUGUUGAAGACGAUGAGAACAAACUAACAGCCAAGCCCCAUCUUCAGAGAGGAAUAAGCUCUGCCUCACUGCACAACUCACUAAUGAGGAACAGCAUCUUUCAGCUGAUGAUCCACACCCUGGAUCCUUUCAGUGAAGGAAAGUUUAAAGAUAAAGUUUCCAUUCUGCACAAGAUAGCAAGACAAAAGGAAAAAGAGGAUGUGAAUGGCCUGGUAAAAAAGAACCAGCCUAACAGCACCCAUGUGGAGGUAGAGGUCACUCCACCCAUGAAUGGCAACGCAGGACAACAGGAGGACGAGGACGAGCAGGAUGAAGAUCAGCCUCUCAGCUUGGCAUGGCCAGAGACAUGCAGAAAGCAGGCGACUUACCUCUUUAUUUUUCCCAUUGUCUUUCCACUGUGGCUUACACUUCCUGAUGUCCGCAGAGAUACCUCUAAGAAGUUCUUUCCCAUCGCGUUUCUUGGUUCCAUCUCUUGGAUUGCUGCCUUCUCCUAUUUGAUGGUGUGGUGGGCUCACCAGGUUGGUGAGACGAUUGGCAUUACGGAGGAGAUAAUGGGUCUGACCAUUCUUGCAGCUGGUACCUCCAUUCCUGAUCUCAUUACCAGUGUGAUUGUGGCCAGAAAAGGUUUAGGAGACAUGGCCGUGUCAAGUUCAGUGGGCUCCAACAUCUUUGACAUUACCGUUGGGUUGCCCUUCCCAUGGCUGCUGUAUUCUACUGCACACAACUUUAUGCCAGUGAUGGUGAGCAGUAAUGGUUUGUUCUGUGCCAUCGUCCUGCUCUUCCUCAUGCUUCUCUUCGUCAUUAUCUCUAUUGCUGUCUGCAAAUGGAGGAUGAGCAAGAUGCUUGGUUUCUCAAUGUUCUUGCUCUACUUUGUCUUCCUUGUGGUCAGUGUCAUGCUGGAGGACAAGGUCAUCACCUGUCCUGUCUCCAUCUAAAAGAAGUUGAAAAUAAACAAACACUCUACAGACCCAAUGCAGAAACAAAUAGCCAAGCCAGCAAUGAGGAAAUCAUACAUAAAGCACUACUACACUACACAGAAACAGCAUAAGUACCAAGCAAAAACUGUUCAGAAAU